AUGUUAGAACCGUUACCUCCGGAUCCGUACAAGGCACUCAACGUCCCUGCGGAUGCCCAAUUCGAUGUCAUCAAGAAGAGGUAUAGGGAGCUGGUGCUAAAAUGCCACCCAGACAAGUGCCCAGAGGCGGAAAAGGCGGCUGCGACCGACAGGUUCGCUGCCGUCCAGAACGCAUGGGAGAUUCUGGGAGACGCGAACAAGAGGCAAGACUACCACAAACUCGUCAAACAACAUAAGCUGGCCGAAGAGCUGGCGAGGAGUACUCGCCAGGCACCAACACCAGCAGGCGGCCGUGGGCCGUCAUCGAGCGGAUACUACGGAACAGGUACACAUACUUCAUCACCCCAGACACCUUAUGGAUUCUCCAGGAGCAGCUCGAGCAAGGCUCGCUACGAAUAUGAUUUCCACUACUCGUCAGAGCCGUCAUUCUAUGAAGCAGACCCACGGAGCGGCCCGUACGCCUCAAGGGAACCCCGCAGGCCCAGCUCCUGGGAUGAAGACCGCUCACGCGAGACGGAUCGAUCCGCUCGGGAUAGGGACAGGGAACGCGACAGGGAACGGGAACGGGAUCGCGGUAGGGGAAGCCCAUCAAAUCGUGAUUGGGACAAAGAGCGCGAUGAACGCGAUCGCGAAAGGACACGGGCCAUGAAGCGUGAUGAAGAAGAGCGCCAGCGAAAGUUGAGGAGUAAGGAUGCGAAACGUGAAGAGAAGGAACGGAUCAAGGAGAGCGAGAAGGCAGCCAGGAAGGAAGAGGCACGUAUACAAAGAGCAAAGGAAGAGGAGAAGCUGAAGAAGAAGGCGGAAGCAAAGCGAAAGGAAAAGGAACGGGUGAAACAAGAGAAGGAGGACGAAGAGAGGCGUGCCGCAAGAAAGCAGAAGCUGGAAGCGGAAUUGAACGCAUUGAAGGAAAAGAUGAAGAAGGCUUCUGUCGAAGACGAGGUUCGCCCAAAGAAGACAGCCGUAACAGAAGAUAUCCGCACCUUCCCCGACGACUUUCCCAGGAGCGAACGGGAGCACGAGCGACACAGCGAGAGGUCUAGGGACCGUGACAGCGGUCGCACAAAGGAGGAGCGGCGGUCAUCGCGUAGCGAGUCCAAACGGCAGAACUCCAAUCCUCGCCGGUCUGCCUAUGCCGAGGACGUACCUAGUCCGGCUCGAUCCUUUGAGGAUUCAGCCUUGACCAAGACCCAGACCCUAACGCCCAAGGCAAAGAAUAAUCUCAAUGCUGCGCUGGAUCACAUGAGGGGGAGCACGGGUAGGCCCACACAGUCACGAUCGCAUUCCUCCUAUGCAGACCAUGACAUACAUGGCUCUGUGGACUAUGGCCAUCAUCCCCCAAAGAUUCACAGAUCAGCCACCGACAAUAUCACCGGAGACUUUGGCUAUCGUGCUUCAAAGUUUCACCGAUCUGCCACCGAGAAGUUCUCAUCUCCGCGGCGAUCCUAUGAGCCCGAGUAUGACGAAUAUGUAAACGGUCACUAUUGCGAUGUCCCGGGGAAUCCAUUUGGCCGUGCAGUAUUUGCCAGCGUCGACACGCGGAAUCCGAAGACUUCCAGCUGGAAUAAUAUCGCGACCUCUAAAUUGCAAGAACCCGAGAUUGCAUCGUACAACUUUCAAGAGAGCAGCUCGAGAUAUCGCAGCCCACCCCAUCGCUACUGA